UAAAAGUUAUAUAAAAAAUUAACACCUUGUUCUGUUUUAGUUGCAGAGUAGCCUACAACUGCAAAUGUGAACGAUGUUGUAAACGAGCAUGUAUCCAUAUCGUUUUUCAUUCCAAUUAACCUUUCCGUUGUUUGUCUAUGUUGUUUUUCUCUGGUUUUGGUUUUGGUUUUGUUUAUGCUCCGUCAAGGGCGUGUGUGGAGUGUUGUCAUGUUUACUUAUUAAAAGCACAUUUGCAAGUCUUAUUUUCUUCUUAUGCUAAUCUGAAGUGUGUACGGACGAUCAUUCACAUCUGAACAUCUCUUAGACACUAGAAUCUAGUUGGUAACCUAAAUAAAAAAGCGGACGAGCGUCUUCUAGUCUCCUCGAACACGGAAGUGUGCCGAUUUAACCCGCGAUCGAGAUAAACAUACUUUUUUUCCGGGAAACACAAAGUGUGGUGGAAAACUGAAAGUAAUGAGGGGAAAAGAUGCAAUGAAUGUUAAAACAGAAACAGCACCACAAGACUGCAGCUACGAUCAACAGAGAUCCAGCAGCAGCAGAAAUCAGCACGAUGUACAGUAAAGUUGCAUCUGGUGUUGGAUCAGAUAAACUGUCGGUGUCAGUGAUGGAGGGAGAUUCAGUCAUUUUUCACACUGGUGUUGACACAAACCAACAAGAAGAUAUUAAAUGGUAUUUCAGUGACACUCGCAUCGCUCAGAUCAGUGGAGAUCUCAGUUUUAUCUGUACAGAUGUUCAGUGUAAUGAAGGGACUGAGAGAUUCAGAGACAGACUGAAGCUGGAUCAUCAGACUGGAUCUCUGACCAUCAUGAACAUCACAAACACUGACUCUGGAGAAUAUAAACUGAAGAUCAUCGGUAUCACCAGCAGCAUUGAAAAAGCCUUCAAUGUUAAUGUCAAAAGUGUUCCUGCUGCUGAACGAGAUGAAGUGAAGACAAACGAGGGAGAAUCUGUCACUUUAGAUUCUGGUGAAAGAAGAAAACCAAAUGAUGUGUUGACAUGGUUUUUUAAUGACACUCUCAUCGCUCGAAUUACUGGUGAUCCCAAUAAAACCUGUACAGAUGUUCAGUGUAAAGAUGAUGAAGAGAGAUUCAGAGACAGACUGAAACUGGAUCAUCAGACUGGAUCUCUGACCAUCAUGAACAUCACAAACACAGACUCUGGAGAAUAUAAACUGAAGAUCAGUAGCAGCAGCAGUUUAAGUAUCACCAGAGAGAAGAGAAUCAGUGUUAAUGUCAUUGAUUCAGGGUUAUCUUCAGCUGCUGUAGCAGGAAUAGUUGUUGUUCUGCUUGCAGCCGCAGCUCUGAUUGCUGGUUUGAUUUACUGUCGCCCAAUGAGAUCUAGAAGAGCACCACAGCAUGUGGCCCUGCUCAGUGGCGUUCACAGACAUCCCGAGGUGCAGGGGCAAAAUGGCAUUACGAGAGCACAAUCACAGACCGGUGACAGGGGUUUGGAGUCUGUAUAGGUUUGCUCCCCCUCGGCUAUAGUGGUGGGCAAUAUGAUACAAAUAUAACAAAUCAUUUUAUAUAUAUAUAUGUAUCAUGAUUUUAUCACAAUUCUUUGUCAUGUUGGUUUUUCUAUUUUGCAAGCUUUUUGAGCAUCCCAGCCAAAACUGAUUUCCCUAUUAUAUAGCCUUUUAAGGUAACAAAAUAUGAAAAGGUAUGGCGGAUAUUUAGUCCAAAGUGCAUCAGUAAAUAUAUAAAUCUUUGUAUAAAUGUUUUCUUUGUUAUUAAAAAAGGAGAACAAAGAUACACAUUGCAAACGCAAAUAUUCUACACAUAUAAUAAAGUGUUUUAUUUUCAGGUACAAUAGGCGUAUUUAGCAGGAGCAUUAAAAAAAAAUAAUUAACAAAUAUAAGAAUAAAACAGUAUGUACAUUGAUAUAUAUACAUACAUUUAUUGUUAAAGCAACUGUAUUGAAGUUUUGCAGUCAAGAGUAUUGAGUGUUUUUUCUCU